AGAUACUUCCUGCCCAAUGCAUCAACAUCCACAAGUGUGAAGUUACUUGAGAUAUAUGAGCUACAACAUUUAAUUUCACUCUGGGAGAAACAAAAUUGAAUCCUGAGAAUCCACAUUACAUCUAAACUCCAAGCAAUGAAAAUGUAAGAUAUCUAUAAAUCUAAUUUUAAAAAAUACAAAUGUGUUUUAUAUUUGCAAUAAAUUAAUUUGAACACAGUUAUCAAACUGUUUAGCAUCGUGUAGUUUGUGGCAGCAGAGUGACGGAUGCUGCAGGUGGAGGCGGUCAGGGGAGUCGCCCUGCUCUCAGUGACACCACCUUAGCCUGGCAGCUAGCACUGGCAACGUCCCAACCGAGCUAGCUGUCCGUGUUUCAGAUAGUCUCCACACCAUGGAUCUUAACAACGUCCUGUCCCAGCUUGAAAAUGCUAACGAAGAGGACACAGAGGCGCUUUUACAUCGGUACAAUGAAGAGAACACUCAGACCUUCAUGUUUAACCAAAAAGAAGAAACCCUGCGGAGUAAACUCUGUCAGAGUAUGCUGACGGUUCUUGGGGGACAGGUGCGGCCCAGCUGUCAGAAGACGUGUCUGGAAACACUCCGCAUCCUGUCCAGAGACAAGCGUGUGUUGGGGCCCGUAGCCACCAAAGAGGGCAUGCUGGUUCUGACUGGGUUGGCAAUGCUGCGCACCGGACAGGAAGGCGAGGAUAAACAGGAAACCACUCAGGAUGCUUUACAGUCUGAGGAGGAGAAGAGGGUGGUUGUGGAGGCCUUGAAGUGCCUUUGCAACGUUGUGUACAACAGCGCUGCAGCUCAGCAGGUGUGUGUGGACAUCCAGCUGGUUCACAGCCUUUGUGCCAGCCUGUGCUUCGCCCGUACGUGGCAACACGAGGUGGGCCUGUUCGUCCUGCGCCUGUUCUUCCUGCUGUCCGCCCUGCGCCCAGAUGUGAGGGGAAUGCUCAGGAAAGACUGUCACGCUGUGAGACUGCUGACGGAGGUUCUGGAGCACACUCUGGACGUUCACUGGGUAGGGACAUAUGAGGCGGCUCGACCAGAACCGCAGGCUCUGCCCCUGCCCACAGAGAACAAUGAGCGAGCCAUGGAAGCCCUUAAAGCCUUGUUCAACCUCACACUCUCAGAAAGUCGGAACGAGGAGGACAAUCACCAGUUCCGACUCCUAGUUGCUAUCCUGCGUCAUCUGUUGAUGCUGAAAACAGAGACAGAGGAGAAAACAGAAGAAGUGCACAGCCACACCGUCAACCUGCUGAACAACCUGCCUGCGUCCUGCCUGGAUGUGCUGAUUGAUAUGCCGGUCCAGGGAGGCGUGGAGGAGUACAGAGGAAAAAACAUGGAAGCAGUUCAGGUGUUGCUGGACUUCAUGGAGAGGAGAAUCGACAAGGGCUCCAACUACAAAGAGGGUCUGACUCCAGUGCUCAGCCUCUUGACUGAAGGAUCCAGAUGCCACAGAGAGAUCCGCAGAUAUAUCAAAACUCAGGUACUUCCUCCCCUGAAGGACGUGAAGAACAGGCCCGAGGUGGGCACCACCAUCAGAAACAAGCUGGUUCGCCUCAUGACGCACGUGGACAUGGGCGUGAAGCAGACGGCCGCAGAGUUCCUGUUUGUCCUCUGCAAAGAAAGCGUGGACAAUCUUUUGAAGUACACGGGAUAUGGGAACGCAGCAGGACUCCUGGUGGCUCGGGGGCUUCUGGCUGGUGGGAGAGGAGAGACGGAGUACUCUGAAGAUGAAGACUCGGACACGGAUGAGUAUAAAUCCGCCAAACCUUUCAUUAACCCCAUUACUGGUCACGUGGAGGAGCCGAUGCCGAACCCCAUCGAGGAGAUGACGGAGGAGCAGAAGCAGUAUGAAGCUGAGAAACUGGCCAACAUGUUUGACAAGCUGACAAGGCAGAACGUGAUCCGGCCGAUGGGCGUCAGGCCGGACGGGACGUUGGCGCCUCUGGAAGAGACGCUCAUCUGUCGACCAGAAGAAAACUCUGACACAGAUUCUGACUAGUGCGCCUGCUGGUCCCGAUUCUAGAGCUAGUGAAACUGAACUGUGACAUGCUGCACUUUCACAUUUUACAUUACAUGUACAUGAUAUAACGUAAAAACCAUCCUGGACCCAGUGAUAACCCAUAAAGUCCAGCUUGUCACCAAAGUGUGUGAUAAGAGAAGAAGUAGUAGUUCAUUGUGGAUUAAGCUGGUACAGUGACUAUAUGAGCUCAAAUGUAAGAUACUGAACCUCUGGCACAUAGUUAGGCAUGUUAAUGAUGGAAAACAUGGAGUACGCCUUUAAGUCUGUCAGGCGUCAUGUUUCUGCUUCUUACAGUUAUUGAUUUCUUGCAAAAGUACUCACACUCCUUAAAGUCUGUUUCUGUCAGAACUUAAAUCCAUUUUAUGUGACACACCAACACAAAUUAGAGCAUAACUGCAAAGUUGAAGCGAAGAUGGGAUUUAAAACUACAACUUAAAAUCUGAAGUGUUUUUGUGGUUAAUACUUUAUAAAACCUUUUUGCUUCAAUUACAGUUGCAUGUCUUGUGGUGUAUUUACCAGUUUCGAUCGUCAUCCGUAUGUUUAGAGUCGAUGUCCAACUUGAAGGGGAAGUUCUGGUCACCUUCAAACAGGAUUUACCGUCAGCUCUGACUCAACUCUGUCCCUGCAGAAGAAUAGCAUCUGCACAGCAUGAAACCGCCACUACUUUGGGGAUUGGAGAAUAUUAAACUCUUAGGGUUUCCAAAUAAAGGAGGCAGAAAGCCACUUUAAUCAGAUUUGCAUUUAUAAAAGAAAGUACUUUUUUCCCUAAACCUCACGUAUGCACAUUUUGUGUUAACCAUAAAUUUGUGGUUGUGAUUUGACGAGAAAAUAGACUUUCAGGGUAUAGAUACUUUUGUGAGACAUUGCAUUUAGUGUUGUGUGUGUGUCUACUUUGAUAGAAGCUCAAUGAAAGAUGUCUGAAGUGGUAACAUCUUUUAAAUGAAUGACUUGACAAGGACUGAAAGUUUGCAGCGUAGAUGUGAAUAAUAAGAAAAAUCAGAUUUUAGCCUCCUUCUCCAUUGCAUACCUUCUGUGCCAUGAUGACAAACUAAGCUAAUUUUUCAGAUUCUUCUUGUCCUCUGAAAUUAAAUUUGGUUUUUAACUAUUGGAAUUUAAUCAAGACUUUUCAGAAAAGAUACAAUAAAUUGAAACAUAAUUGAAGUAUUUAACUAAAACGUUAAAUGCACCGUUGCCUUCACCGUAAGCAGACAUGAGCGAUGGACGGAUGGGAGUUUAUGAAAGUACAAAGACUCGGUCCUGAAGGACAAAUCUUUAGUUCCUCAGAGUUUAUUUGAGGCCUUUCUGGUUACCUGUUGCAUCCUUAAGUUAUAAAACUUAACUUCUUGCUGGAUCAUUUGGUUUUUAUUAUUAAUUUUUUAUUGUGAACACAGAUGCCAAGGUUUCAAGUCUUAAAAAAAUCAUUCCUUUUGUUUGUGUUUGUUGCUCACAUUUAUGUUCUGGUACAUUUUUAAUUAAACACUGGACAAUUAAACUCCUCCUUUGGUUUUAAAUCUCGCUGCCUGGCCACAGGCACGUUUUGACCACUGAAACGUUUUAAAUUCAGGCUUGUUGGAAUCAUUUUUUUAAGAAGCUUAUAGGAAAAGAAAAAGCAUCCUGACAUGUAGUUGCUGAAACACAUCUCUUGUGGACUUUAUGACCAUGAAAUAUGUAAACUACAAUGAUUGUUUUUAAUCGAUUUACUUUUGCCAAAUCUACACGAUAAAUCAAAUGUUAUUUUUGCCCCCGAUGGAAAAUGUUGAAUUUUAUAUAAAUCUUUGUGUGUAAGCCUGACUAUUAUGAAUUUAUAGUAAACUGUUGGUACAGUAACAAGUCCAGUUCCUGAAGAUUUUACUGUAACUGAAAUGCUUUUAAGCCUUGUCAGAUUUUUGUUGUAUUUUCUUACAGUUAUGUUUUUAUAUUUAAACUGUUCAGACUUUCCUUUGUGCUUGUAAGUUAUGCUGUUAUUUUUCCAACACAUAAAUCCUGGGAUCCUUUUGAAAUUUGCAUGAACGUGGGAAGAAUAUCUAGUUUGCACAUUUGUUUUUUUGUGUACUAUGGGCAGCACAACUUAUUUUGUGAUGCUUUUUCACUGAAAAGUUAAUAAAAGUGAAGAACACUG